AUGGCGAAAGGAUUGUUUGCGCUUGUUCGCAGAGGUUCCAAGUUGAAUUACUUAGACGACGCUGGAAGGGAUUUGUCCCAAAGGAAGCAAACUGAAGUCCAUCCACAAAAUGAAGCUCAUAGAGUGAAAAGUAUACCGAGAUCAAGAGAUCAUUCAAGUAAAGAAAAUGAUACUCUGGAAAGCACCAUUUCGAAGGAAAGAACAUCUACCGAAAAAAUACUUUUGAAUUUGAAUUUCCAAAAGUUAUCUAUAGGACGCAAGAUUGCACGGAAUUCGCUCGCUAACUCAAAGAGCACCUCAUUAGCGGAAACUACUCUGACAACGAAGGAAGUGAAUCAGGAUCUUUCUGGCAAACCCAAGUUGGUUUUAAGCGUAGCAAGCGGUUAUUUUGUCGGCGAAUGUAACAGUUCAAGCAUAGAGACCACUUCAAAGAAAGAAGAGAGUGCCGGAAAAAUAGUGCCUUGUAUUAUUUUACCCGAUCAUGACACGGUUAAUAUUCGUUCAACGGCUUGUAACAACUUUGAAAAUCAUACUUGCUUACAAUACUCUAGGAACUUUGGUUCGCAACCGCAUUUACGUGGUAGUGCCGAGAAGAAAAAGCGUCCAUCUAGUUGGACUGAGUCUAGUCCAGGACGGAAUGACCUUACCGACAAAAUAUCGAAAACUACGAGCGUUUUCGUAUCAAAUAAAAACCUGGGACUCCUGGGAGAAGCAGUGCCUAUUUCAGCGUCGCCUUCGCAGCGGAGAAAUAAAAAAGAGAGUUCGUUAAGUCCAGAAAGCCGGCAUCUGAGUAGACUAGUACCUAGUUUAGAUCGGAGCGGUAGAGUUGUGGAUCGUUCUGUGAGGAGGGCUAAAUCAUGGGGCAGAGGAGAUGAAGUUACAGACUCUGGUAUUCAACACAGAAGAAAAGUUGACAUUUUUCUUCCAACAGUGUAA